GCUGCGCAUGGGUGUUGUUUUUCCCAACAGAGAUAAGGUUGCCCGCAUCUCUUAGUAGCAUUUUAUCAUGUGAAUAUAAAAUUUGGCAAGAGUUUGUUCUCUAGACAUCUACAUCUUAUGGGGAUUAAUAAUUUAAUAUGUGCAUCUUACGGUUCACUCUCUGACAUUGAAUGCAAAUUAAUAUGCAGCUUGAGCUACAAUAUGCUAAUGAGACUGAAAAUCUCUAUCCACCUCAUGAUUACGUGCCAUGGGUGGUGGUGAAUAAUCAACCAAUCCGUGAUGACUUCGAAAAUUUUGUGAAAUAUGUUUGUCAAGCUUAUAAAGGUGAUCAUGUGCCAGAGGCUUGCAAAGCACAAUCGUCCAAUGUCAGCUCAACUAAUAAGAAGGCAAAUAAAAUCCAUUUGGGCUGCUAUGGUAAUGAAUUUAGAAACUUGGAAUCAUCAACAGCAGCAAAACAGGCAAGAUUAUUGGACCAGAAAAAUAAACAACUUAGGCAAAGCCCGAUAUGCAAAUUAUCCCUACAGAAACCUUCUUUCUGUGGGCUAUAUGGGAUUUAA